CAUCUCUCGUUCAAAUUCCAUCGACGACGGUUCGUGUUCGUUCGUAUUCGGAUCGGCGGUAUUCUUGCUGUGUGCUUCUCGGUGUGCGGUUCUCGUGUUCGCCUGAUCGUGCCGUCCAACCACUUGUUGCCGCUUUGCGCGUCACGCGUGCUUCACAGGCUUUCCCCCAUUUGGUUUUGGGGUGUAAAAUUGUGAAAAUUUAUCGGUUCAAAUGGUGGAAAAUAUCCAUCAAAGCAAUCGCGAAGAAACUAGUAUCGCGAAGUAUCGCGGGGGAGCGGGGAGCGGCCCGUCGUGGGUCCGUUCGCACGUGGCGCACGUUGUGAUUCCUCCUGUUUAGAUUGCGCGCGUUCGUUCAUUCGCACGAGAGUUGAACGAAUCGGUUUUGUUUUCUUCUUCUCUGCAACAAGUACUGCAUGGUUUCUGAUAAGCGAGAGAUACACGAGCGAGUGCGCCGCCGAAAUCGAUCGAUCGAACGGGAAUGGUGUCCUUGGUGAGGAUGAUGAGGAUGGUGCCUCCGGUGUUCCGGCUGCAGUGAUAGCGGCAUACAUACCGUAGUACCGGGCCCUCAACGCAAGCAGUGCAUCGCAGCAGCGCCUAGCAGAGAGGUAGAGACAGUGCAUCCUUCAACGACCGUUCCGAAAAGGAUUACGUGUGUCAGCCUGAGUGUGCGUGUGUGUCUGUGUGUGUGCGUGUAUGUGUGUGUGUGUGUGUGUGUGCCUGUUGGUGUGCGUGCGUGUGUAAUCGCGGUACAUACAAGCUCAGGCCGAGACGCUGAGCGUAGAAGAUUCAGUUCCGUUGUUGAUAUAGCUCCAACAACUUUGUUGGUUGGGAAAAUCAACCAUUUCUGGCACCGGCAGGGGAGAUCUAGAACUGGCGCGUAUUGGCGCGUGGGAGUGAGGGUGAGGUUUUCGUGUUUCUGUUUCCGUCGAUGUGGUUGACGUUUGCUGUGCUGUGAUCGCGUGUACUGCCCUAUGGUGAUCAAAGGGUUGAAGCGACGCGCGAGCAGUAACCGAGCGGGACAGAAUUGGCACGGUUCGCGCGUAAAAAUGCGGGAUUGUGCCGGACGUACGGCACCGGUCGUCCCGUGCGAGCGUCCGGUCGAUCGGUACGGACAGCUCAAUCAACGUCUUCAUCCAACUGUUCACACAACAACGCGCCUAUCAACUGGUCCUGUCCAACUGCUAUCAACGCUACUCUUGCUGCUUCUAUCAGCGGUCCCGAUGCUGACGCAGUCCCCCGAGCGGCCACUCGGGCCGGCCGCCACGGACAUCACCUGGGCCGGCGAGGACAACUACGCUGCUACCGUACGCGACUUGGUGACCCAAUGCAUCAACUGCUGCCCGGACCAGAACCGGACGAGCUUCACCGAGCACAUUGAUUUCAGCUGCAGCACUGAUUGCUACAUCCAGCAGUGUACGAUUGGCUGCAAACAAUGGGAGCAGGCGCUCGAGUCCAGCUGUCAGCAGGCAUGCAACAUCACGCGGCACGAGUCGAUGGAACCGCGCGAGAUGUACUGCAUAAUGGGGUGCAACGAUGGGCUGAGCCGGUACUUUCGGUGGUUGCGGGCCGAGAUCGGGACACCGCACGCGCCGGCCCUCGUAGCGGACAGCCUGACCGCGACCACACUCGCCCUCGAGUGGGAGGUACCGGAGCGGUGGUUGCAGCUGUCCCGCCACCGGCAUCACGGACCGCGCAGCUACAUCGUCCAGUGGCGCUACGAGGAGAUGGCCGCCGACUGGAAGUUCUGCCGCAACCAGAGCAUCGACGAAGACUCGACCGUACUGGUCGACAACCUGCAACCGUACACAAAGUAUCGCUUCCGCGUCCUGCUGCUGCUGUCACCGAACUACACGGAUCAGGUCCUGGCGUCCGAGCAGAGCGUCAUCAUCAGCACACUGCCGGCUGGUGUGCCCACGUCGAAGCCGACAAUUGUACGGGCAGUAGCGGUAGAUCACUCACGCAUUUCCAUCUCGUGGGAACCGGGACCAUUCCCGAAUGGGCCCGUCCUGUCAUAUGUGCUACAGAUCAAAGACCUCCAUCCGAUAGGCUACAGUGCCCUUAAGGACGUGCCAGAAUCGAACACGUCGCGGUACUACAUGUUCGAGAACCUGGAACCGGAGCACAGCUACUCGGUGUCGGUGUCGAUGCGCAACCCGGAGGGUGAAGGGCCGGCCUCGCUGACGCGCGUCUCCACCCCGCCGAAGCAGACCGGUGGCGAUAGCGUGGAGAGCGUGAUGCCGACGCUAAUCCUCGGCGCCGAACACUCGAUCCUAACGCAGAGCUCGAACAUGUUCUCCGAUCCGCCGACCAGCUUCUACCGCAGUCCGGACCACAAGAUCUGCGGUACCGCCAUGCACCUGCGCCGCGGGCUCCUCUUCGUCUCGGACGAAGCCGGCUUCAUCUGGCGGGCACCGUCGUGGCCGGGAGCCGAACGCGAUCGCGUCGCCAUCCUGACGCCCGACGCAGCGCUCAACUUCCGGCCGACGCUGUUGUCGGUCGACUGGCUGAACGACCAUCUCUACAUCCUCGGGCAGGCGCGCACCACCCACCUCUGGCAGAUACUGCACUGCGACUUCAAUGGCGACCACCUGACGGUCGCCAUCGCGGGCCUACAGCGCCGACCGGACUACUUCGAGGUCGACCCGUACAACGGUUACCUGUUCUGGGUGAUUGGUGGCCAGACCGGUGGUGAGCAGCUCACGGACCAGCAGCACCAGCAGCAGCAGCAGCAACAAGUAAGCGAAGGUCCGGCCGUUACCAUCGGACCGACCGGUCUGUUCCGGCUCGAUCUCGGUGACAUCUCGAACGGUGUGCGGUACGAGAUACGCCCGCUACAGAUGAUCAGCGGUCCCCAUCUCGGCGCGUUCGCGAUCGACCAUACCAACUUCCGGGUGCUGGUGGCGGAUCAGCGCGCCAACACGGUGCUGGCGGUCUCGCUGGACGACAAGCAGACGGUCGACAUCCGGAACAACACGCAGCAGCCCCGGUUCGAGCGGGUCCGCUCGCUGGCCCUCGCGAACGGUCUGUUCUACUGGACCAACGGGACGGAGGUGUUCGCGGAGGACUAUCACGUCGUGCACGACAGCUACUACCACAACGCGUUCCCGGUCGCCUCGAACAACACGUACUUCAGCAUCAACGUGAACCUCACGUCGGAGCAACCGAUCCCGGUGCCGGUGAAUCCACCCCGCAACGUCCAGGCCCUCGUGUCGCCCGAUCGCAUCAAGAUCGCCUGGGAUGCACCGUUUCUGCUCGGUAUGAAGGGGCGCGGUGCCUGGCAGGCCUGGAACUACCGGGUGGAGGUGCGGGACGAACGGAACGGAACGCUCGUGCUGGUUGUGCCAGCGAUCGGCAACGGUAGCACCAGCUAUGCGACCGGUCUGGCCAACCUGCUCACCCCGAACCGCGUCUAUACGGUGCGCGUCGCGGCCCACACGGUGGCCGGCGUUGGACCGUGGAGCCACGAGUUCCGCGUCCGGACACUGCGCGCCCACCAGCAGCAGCGCCAUCUGGUGUGGGCGAGUGCGGCCGGUAUCGUGCGCAGCGACGUGAUCGGUGAUCACGUGCAGACGCUGCUACCGUCGGUCGGUAGCAACGUCAGCGCCGACGUCACCAGCCUCGCCUGGCACAAUGGUACCCUGUACGUGGUGAGCAACGGUACGCUGCGGCUGUAUCGGGUCGAAGAGGAGGAGAAGGAGGAGGAAGGGGAGGAGAAGGACGAGGAGGAGGAGGAGGUGGCCUCCUCCCCCCAUCACACCGCAGUUGGUGCGCCCCGGUGGCGCCAGAUCGGGGAGCUCGGUUCGGUUGCGUGCGUCGCGGUCGACCGGCUCGGCGAGCGGCUCUACCUGCACAACCCGGCCCAGCAGAUGAUCGUCCGGGCGGGGUUGCACGGUGAACGGCAGGAACCGAUCCACAAUGUGCCGAGUGUGCGCGAGCUGCGGUUCGACGAGCGGCGCGGUUACCUCUACUGCUCGUCCGGCAUCCUGCUCGAGGCGUUCCGGCUGAACGGUAAGAACCGGGUCGUCUACUUCAGUGAGCACCCGUUCACCGGGAAGCAGGUGAUGGGCAUGACGCUCGACACCGACGGUCAGCAGCUGUACUGGAUCGAGAGGAGCUACCUCAACUCGCACCUCUGCUGGGCCCCGUUGGCCGAUCCGGGGCGUGAUCCGGCCACCGGUUACGCGGUCAGCUCGGUUGUGCUGAGCGCGCAGACACCGCAGGGGCCGCUGCUUCACUUCAGCGACCGGUUGCUGUGGGUGCGCGAGGGUCAGGUUGUGGUCGGGGACGUGCGGGGUGAAAAUCUCGCCUACAUCCGGGCCCGCCAGCUCAACGGGACGAGCGCGAUCGCCCUGAUCGAGUCAUCGCACGAGCAUCAUCAUCAUCGGUCGGGGGGAAAGGCGACGACCAUCAAUGUGGUGCCCGCACCGGUGAACGGUUCGAGCGUACGGGUCGGGGGCGAUUGGCGCGCCUUCAACGUCAGCUGGGCACCGGUGACGAACGUGAACCACAGUGAGGUGUUUUACAAGCUGCUGCUCAAGGUACCGGGUGCCGCCCGCGACAUCGUCCAGGAGCUGCAGGUACCGUGGUACGUCUACAACGGGAGCGCCGCCAACGCUGCCGCUAGUGGUGGUGGUGGAAGUCCGGGUACUGGUGCUGGUACUGGUACGGGUGGAUCGUCAUCGUCCCUUGACCCUAUACCACCGUACACACCGAUCGACAUCACGCUGCACGCCUUCACCUACUGGCGCUCGUCCGGUGUGGUGACGGUGCACCGCCACACACCGGCCGGACGUCCGUCGGCACCGGUACGGCCCCGGGUCUACCUACGCACCCACUAUCCGGCCGGCGUAGCGCACACACUCACACUGGGGCUCGUAUUCCGGUGGGAGCCACCGCACGAACCGAACGGUCCGCUCGUCGCCUACCGGAUCGACUGUCUGGAGCAGGUGACGAGCGACGGUGAUGCACCGACCAAGCGGAUGCUGCUGGACGGUCAGCUCGUCAGCCACGACCGGCACGAACUGUCCGUACCGGGACCGAUCCGGGCCCGAAAUGCGACCUACACCCUAUGGGUGCGCGCCGUCAACGUUGAUCACGAGAGCGACCGGACGGAACCGUGCCGCGUUGCCCUCGGUGAGGAUGGUCGUGUCCGGCCGGGGACACUGUUACCGCUCGUGUACAUCGCUACCGCCGACCAGAUCCUGUCGGUCGAUAUGGAUCUCGGUGUAGCGAGCGCACUGGUAACGACGGCCGUACCGGCCCGACUGCUGGCCGAACUGCGCCACGAGCGGCGCCUCUUCUGGAUCGAUGCCAACGGGGAACUGUUUAUGCACGACGCGACGGACGGCAAGCGGCGGUUGGCACACGUACCGGGUCACGCCGCCGCCCUUACCGUCGAUUGGGUCGCACGGAUCGUCUAUGUGGCGGCCCGGGGUGCCACCGACGAGGACGAUACGGACAACGGUGAAGGCCGAGGACGUGGCCAUGGUGGCCAUGGUGGCCAUGGUGGCGACACCGAGACGACGCUGUACGCCUUCGAUCUCAACCACCUGGUGCUGGGUAGUGGUAGUGGCGGUGUUGGUGGUGGUGGUGUUAGUGGUGUUGGUGGUGGUGGUGGUGGUGGUGGUAGUGGUGGUAUGGCUGCUGCUGGAGGUUCACCCGGCGGUGGUACCGGUGUCGGUGGUGGGCUAGUAGUAAGCGGUGGUGGACCCGUCACAACCGUCGCUGGCGGGAGCGGAGGUCCGGAACCAACCGGUACGCUGGUGGUGACCGCGCUCGGUUCCACCGUUGCCGUCGAUUAUCUGCAGGUGCGUGACCGCGAGCUGCUCGCCUUCUCCCGCCAUCACCGCAUCGGUUAUCGCGUUUCAUUGGACCGCUCGGAUGCGACCGUGACGCAAGUGAACUGCAUCGAUGCAACAGACACCACCCAUCCCAUCAUCUGCGACCAGUACCGGGGUCUGUUCGAGACCGGUAACGGUAGCGUUACCGGUGUCGCAUCCGAUGGCCGGUUUCUGUACUGGUUGGCGACGCAGGAUGGCGAUGAUAUGGCGGUGCGGAUUCGGUUGCGCACGCUAGACGACGACGGUGAGCACGGCGACGGCGAUGCCCACGAGCUACCACUGGAAGCGAGCCUGGUCGAGGGUGCCGGCGUACCGGUCGCGUUGCUGCCCGCCCAACAACACCAACCGUACCCGAGCGAGGUGUGUUUGGUGCCGUGGCGCCGCCAUCCGGGCCAUACCGGGCUGCCGGCCUACCAGCCGGUACUGCUGGAUGAGCUGACGGAGCACUCGCUGACCCUGCGGCUACCGGAACCGACCCGCAAUCCCAACUGCACGAUCCGGCCACCCGGCAUCCGCUACCGCAUCCAGUAUGCGCCCGUCGCGACCGGCGCCGGCCAGGUACGCCCAUCGGUACGCCAAAUCGUGCGCUACUCGUACGAACCGCUGACCACGAUCGGUGGUUUGCAGCCGUUCACACGGUACGAGUUCCGGGUUACCCUGCACAGCUACUACCUCGAGACGUCGUCGGUUGGGUCGUACCACUCCUUGGGUGGCGGUGGGACGAUGGCUGCCGCCCGAAUCGCUCAGCACGGCACCGGCCUAGGCGAUACACCGGCCGGUGGCGGCGGUGAGCUGGGUGGUGCCGAUGCCGAGGAGGAAGUGACGAUCUUCCGGACAGCGCCCGGUGCACCGUCACGCCCGGAGCGGAUUGAGGCGAUCCCGGUCAGCCCGACCGAGGCGAUCGUCCAGUGGAGCGCACCGCAGCAGAUGAACAAUGAUCGCGUGUGGUACGAGAUCUACUGGCAGACCGAGACAGGCGAGCGGAAGAACCGGCAACAGCAGCGCGUCACCGACUUCAACGAGACCGGUGCGGUGCUGUCGAUGAAUCUGACCCGGCUACAACCGCACCAGACCUACCGGAUCGGCAUCCGGGCGUACUCAACGGUGACCGCGUACAGCGAGAGCCAUUCGGUCGAGAUCGAAACCUUCCCGGAUCCGGACGACAUCGAGCGAGUGUCGGUCAACUCGACCAGCCUCCGGUUGCGCUGGCGACCACCGAGCAACUGUCGCAGGUUCCUGCUGCAGUACGCCAUCGUCGGUCACAACCGUUGGGAGCUACUGUACGAUUCGGAGCAGGAGCAGCAGCAGCAGCAGCAGCAGCUGGGGAUGUCGGGACAGGUGGCAGCACGCGGCAAUGACACGUACGAGCUGGGGUCACUGCUACCGAAAACGCUCUACCGGUUCGUGGCGCUCAUCUACUAUCCGGACUGGGACGUACCGUACGAGUGGCCCCGCGAACCGAAGCACUUCCAGUGCGAAACGCUAGCCGAUCGGCCAUCGGCCCCGGGGCGCCCCGUGAUCACGCAGCUCCGGCCCGACGUGUACAAGGUGAGCUGGGAGCAGGCCAACAACAAUGGGGCACCGCUCGAGGCGUACGGGCUUGAGGCGUUGGUGCACCUGCCGAACCGGCCGAUCCGCUCGCUAAACGGGGGCGCCCAGGAGCAAGCGGCUGACAGUGAGCACGUCCGGGACGAGCCCGGAAACGAGACGCUGUGGACGACGGUCAGGACCGUGCCCGUGAGCGUGCCGGAGACGAGCGGCUGGAACCAGGUGUACAACGGUACCGAUACCUACUGGAUCAUCUCGGAUCGGCUGAUCGUCCAUACCAAUCUGUUCCGGGUGCGGGCGCGCAACUCGUUCGGCUGGGGUCCGUACAGCAACGAGAGUCUGCCGCUGGAGGAACCGCUCUACUCGAGCCGAUCCAUCGUCCUGCUGGCGUUUGUCUGCAUUCUCGUCACGAUCGUAGUGCUCGUAGCGACCGCCGUCAUUUGUGUCGCACUGCGUACAAACGAGAAACAUAAGCCGUUCCCGAGCGAUGGUGGCGUGCAUGCUCACCUACCGGACGUAGAGCUGGCCAAUCUGCGGGAGUUACCGCGCCGUGGCAAUUUCGUGCACAGCAACAACAUCCUUUACGGUACCAGCUCGCUGUUUUCCGCCGAGGUGUCGCUGCUUCCCCACAUACGCAGCGAUCAGAUCUGCAUGACCAGCUCAACCCUGCUCGGAAGUGGGGCCUUCGGUGAGGUGUACGAGGGUAUCGUCAAGGGUGUGGACGGUGAGGCGGAAACGCUUGUCGCCAUCAAGACACUAAAGAAGGGCGCGAAGGAGCACGAAAAGCAGGAGCUGCUGCAGGAGGCGCAGCUAAUGAGCAACUUCAAGCACAAGCACAUUACGCGGCUAGUGGGCGUUUGCCUCGAGGCCGACACGUUGCUUAUCAUCAUGGAACUAAUGCAGGGCGGUGACCUGCUUAGCUACCUGCGGCGCAGCCGUCCCCUGCCCGGCCAGGCCGCCCGGCUCACCAUGCUCGACCUGAUCUCGAUGUGCCAGGACGUGGCGUCCGGUUGCCGGUACCUGGAGGAGAUGCACUUCGUGCACCGCGACCUCGCCUGCCGCAACUGUCUCGUGUCGUCGACGGAUCCGCGCGAUCGCGUCGUCAAGAUCGGCGAUUUUGGGCUGGCGCGCGACAUCUACAAGAACGACUACUACCGGAAGGAGGGCGAGGGGCUGCUGCCGGUGCGCUGGAUGUCACCGGAGAGCCUGGUCGAUGGGGUGUUCACCUCGCAGUCCGACAUCUGGGCGUUCGGUGUGCUGCUGUGGGAGAUCAUGACGCUCGGUGAGCAGCCGUACCAGGCGAAGAACAACGUGGAGGUGCUGAACCACGUGCGCGAGGGAGGGCACCUCGAUCGGCCGAAGGUCUGCCCGAACGAAAUGUUCGAGCUGAUGAAAUACUGCUGGAAAUUCUCGCCCGACGAGCGGCCCACAUUCCGCUACUGCCUGGAGGUGUUGGAGGUGCUGCGUGAGAAUACCAGCGAGAAUGCGCAGAUUAUAGCACCCUACCCGACCAAGCUACACCAAGAAGCUGUGUCCAACCCUUCAUACUCGAUUGACGAUGCUUGCCUGCCCUUUACCUCAGGUGGUGAUUGCUUGCAGGUGCGCGGCGACCGGAAGCACGAGAUCGGUCACCACAUUCCGACCCCACCAACGUCGAGCAGCGGCAGCAGCGGGGGAGGUGCCAUCUGCUUACCCGGGGGUACCGCACCGAUACCCAAGUACCUGGAACUGGUGUACGAUAACAGUGCCAGCCACUCGCACGAUUCGGGCCGGUUCACCGAACCAACAACCAGCCUAUCGCUCGCCCUCUCACCACCCUCACCACCACCAUCGGCCGCACCGCUAUCGGACACCGGAAGUCCGGUGACGGCCGCCAUCGGUGACGCCGGCAUGCUGACGCACGGCGAGCUGACGGCAUCAGUCUGUAGCCUGUUCCGGGACGGGCGACCACCACCGGCCACAAUGCUGAUGCUCACCGACAACGGCUACGAGGUGCCGAUCACCGAUCUGCGAUACCAACCGGCCCAGCCGGCCAGCCUCGGGACCGGAAGUGCGAUCGGCUCGUCCGGAUCCACCAACGGCGUCUACAAGCACGACUACUCGAGCCUCGAUCCGCUGUUACCAUCGGUCGUACUGGUACCGGUGCUGGGUGGCUCCCGGGUGGAUGGUCGUUGUGCGGAACCCGCCACCACUAGUAUUACCGACGGCACAACGCACCCACUGCGGAACCACGGAACCAGCAGACCAGCCUGCGAAGAGCCCUCGCCGACAAUGUCGGCCAUGAGCUGAAAACGUCGCCGUUGCCGCCACCGUCGCCACAGCAGCAGCAGUAUGGGGAAAGACAAAGCACAAAGGGCUGCGGUGUGUGGUGCCUCACACUGUUAACUCGCUAGUAGACACUCGGAUACCUGCAGGGCCACGAUAGCAACAGCGAUCCUUUGAGCUAACUAUCGAAAAGUAGGUUGGAAAUAAAGUUGCUAUCGUGGUCGAGCACGGAUGCAAGAUGCAAGAAACAUUCUUUCAGGGUGCCCCUCGGAGUCAGCUCGGUUGGAAAUUCGCUUUUGAAAGAACCCGCCGUCACUAUGCGGCGACGUAUGCAUGCGCACAUGGGUCAUGCAGGCGCCACAAUUUGAUGUUCGCUGUUCGG